AUGAAGGCGUUCCAGCCAGUGCGGCCCGCCUCGCGAGCCGUCCACCCCGCCAGGCGCGGGCGUGCGGGACCGUCCACGCGCGUGCGCGCGGAGCCUGGCCGCACGGGCCGCUCCCCGUCGCGCCCGGGCAAGAGCCGCCAGCCCGGCAGGAAGGCCGAGGGCCUCAAGGCGACGAACAUCAAGCAAGCCGAUGCGCGCACGGAUAACCGCAAGACCGACGCGCGCGCCCGCGCCGCGCCGGGCGAGGAGGAGGAGGGCAUCGACCUCGCCGCCCUGCGCGCGCAAAACUCGGCGCUGCGCGCCAAGCUGAGCCAGACGCUCGACGCGAUGAGCGAGCAACAGAAGCGCGACUUCCUCGAGCGCCACGCGUCCCUCAAGCCCGACAUCGAGGCCGUCUCGGCCCCGCCGGAGCGGGCCACGGAGACCACGCCCGCGAGCUUCCAGGUUGCCGCCGCCGACAUCCUCGGGCAGUCCUCCGUCGACGAGCUCUACGAGGAGGACGAGGAGGACUUCCUGGACGAGGAGGACUUCGAGGAGGAGGAGUUCAUCGAGGAGGAGUUCGAGGAGGUCGCGCCUGAGCCCGUCGCGGCGGCCCCGGCUCCUGCGCCGGCCGAGGUGGAGUUCGAGACGCACAACGCGAAGGAGCUGCUGGCGCCGCGCCAGGACUGGCUGGUGUGCACGGUGCCCGAGAAGCCGGUCGCCGGCGCCCCGCUGCGCGUGUACUUCAACCGCGGGCGCAGCGAGACGCUCCGGAACCGCCCGCGGAUCACCCUGCGCGCGGCGUGCAACAGCUGGGAGGUGGCGUUCGACGACGUGGACCUGAUGCCCGCCGAGAACGUGAGCCGCGACGGCGGCGCCGACUGGUGGGCGGCGAACGUCAAGGUGCCCGAGGAGACGUACGACAUCCAGUGGGUCUUCACGGACGGCGAGGGCGCGUUCGACAACAACUUUGGCAACGACUACCUGUUUGAGGUCGUCGGGGGCGUCACGCAGGAGCAGUGGAUCGAUGGCGCCGCGGAGCGCCUCGCACGGGAGCAGGACGAGCAGCGCAAGGCGGAGGAGGAGGCGGCGAAGCGCGCGGCCGAGGAGGAGGAGCGCAGGAAGAAGGAGGAGGACCUGAACCAGGCGCGCGAGCUCGUCAACCAGCUGCGUGCGCAGCUGGAGGACCUGAAGAAGAACCCCCCCAAGAUGAGCGAGGUGUUCAUGUUCGACACCCCCCUCGUCGCGGGGGAGCCGGCCACGUUCUACUACAACGCGCAGAACCGCCCGCUGCACGGCAAGCCCGACGCGACGCUCCAGCUCGGCUUCAACGGCUGGCAGAACCUGACCAAGAUCCCGCUCAAGAAGGCCGCCGCUCCGCCCAAGGGCGCCCCGGCGUCGGCCACCAAGGACGCGCAGUGGUGGACGUGCGCGGUCAAGGUGCCCAAGGACGCCGCGCUGGCCAACUUCGUGCUCUUCAGCGAGGACAACACCUGGGACAACAACGGCAACAUGGACUUUGUGUCGGCGGUCAAGCCCCCCGCGGAGUUCGCGGACGACACCGAGAAGUGGGUCGAGUCCCUGAUCGAGGAGAACCGCCGGGAGAUCUACACGGCGCGCAAGAACGCGGAGGCCGCGGAGGCGGCGCGCAUGGCCGCGCGCAAGGCGCGUGCGGACGCGGCGCGCGAGAAGGCGCUGGCGGUGAUGCGCCGGCAGCAGCGCCACGUGCUGUACACGAAGCCGGACAAGAUCACCGCGGGCUCGACGGUCGAGCUGUGCUACAACCCGCAGGACACCCCCCUGAGCGGGCGGCAGUCGGUGUGGGUGCGCGGGGGGUACAACAGGUGGACGCACAAGAAGAGCUUUGGGCCGAUCGAGAUGACGCCGCCCAAGGCCGGCGAGUCGCACUUCACCGCGAAGAUCCCGGUCCCGAAGGACGCGUUCAAGAUCGACUUUGUCUUCUCUGAGGACGAGGGCAGCGACUGCCAGUUUGACAACAGGGGCGGCUACGACUACCACCUCCCCGUGGAGGGCUCGGUGCUGCAGGAGCCCGGGCUGCACGUGACGCACAUCGCGGUCGAGAUGGCGCCCGUCGCGAAGGUCGGCGGCCUCGGCGACGUGGUCACCUCGCUGGCGCGCGCCGUCAAGGAGUCGGGGCACCUCGUGGAGAUCGUGCUGCCCAAGUACGCGUUCUUCAACUACUCCCCGCUGCUCCAGAACAUGGAGUACGAGACGGAGUUCGACUGGGGCGGCACGAAGAUCUUUGUGUGCUCGCAGCUGGUCGAGGGCGUGCGCGUGUUCUUCGUGGAGCCGAAGAACGGCAUGUUCGACACCGACACGGUCUACCAGGGCCCCGGUGACGAGGUCCGCUUCGACUUCUUCUCCAAGGCCGCGCUCGAGUUCCUCCUGCAGUCGGGCCGCCAGCCGGACAUCCUUCACUGCCACGACUGGUCGUCGGCGACGGUGGCCAACUCGUACUGGGCGGACUACCACAACUACGGCCUGUGGAAGCCCAACGUGGUCUUCACGAUCCACAACCUCGAGUUCGGGCAGGCCAAGAUCGGCGCCGCGGCCUACGCGUGCCAGCGCUUCACCACGGUGUCGCCGACGUACGCCUUUGAGAUCGGGGGCCACCCGGCGAUCGCGCCCAACGCCGGCAAGUUCAUGGGCAUCCGCAACGGCAUCGACCCCGACAUCUGGGACCCCGAGACGGACCAGUUCCUCCCCCUCGGCUUCACCGCCAACACGUGCGUCGAGGGCAAGGCCGCGGCGCGCAAGGCCCUGCGCGAGCGCCUCGGCAUGACGGACUGGGGCGACAAGCCCAUCGUCGGGUGCAUCUCGCGCCUGACGGCGCAGAAGGGCAUGCACCUCAUCAAGCACGCGGCCUGGCGCACCAAGGAGCGCGGCGGUCAGUUCGUGCUCCUGGGCUCGGCCCCGGACCCGAAGAUCCAGGGCGACUUCAACUCGUGGGCGGACGGCAUGAUGGACGACAACUGCCGCUGCGUGUUCUCGUACGACGAGCCGCUCUCGCACCUCAUCUACGCGGCCGCGGACUUCAUCGUCGUCCCGUCGAUGUUUGAGCCGUGCGGGCUGACGCAGCUCACGGCCAUGCGGUACGGCACGGUGCCGAUCGUGCGGCACACGGGCGGCCUGCGCGACACGAUCUUCGACGUGGACUGCGACAAGGCGCGCGCGGCCUGGGAGAUGGAGGGCUCCUCGGACUGGGAGCGCGACGGCCUGGACUGCACCAACGGCUUCGCGUUCGACGGGACGGACCCGGGGGCGCUCGACUACGCGAUGAACCGGGCGCUCGACGCGUACUACAACGACCAGGAGUGGCUCCGCUCGCUGCAGAAGCGCGUCAUGGAGCAGGACUGGUCCUGGAACCGCCCAGCGCUCGACUACAUCGAGCUGUACUACUCCCUGCGCAAGUAG